CUUACACACGCGCAGAAACAGCAUUCGGCAUCACACACGGUAUAAUAUCAUACUUUUCCUGACCUUCAACCAUGUUUCCAGCUGCUGCGCCGUCGAUUUAUCAAUCGCCAAAAUGUUUUGUUUCAUACGGCACUAUGGGUUACCUUGAUACCAAGCAAGCUCCUCGCAAGGGCAAGCCUUGGACCGCAGUUAUGUCGUUGGAUUUCAUUCAUAAGGUUGAUCUAAUUCUACCUUCAGAGGCCUACGAUGCUGCUUGUCAGCAGCUGAGCAACGCUCAAAAUGCCCCUCGCUACUCAAAGGUAGUAAUGUCGCUUGGAGAUAUUCUCCAAGGCGACUUUUUUACUGAGUACAUCAAAAAGGGUGAUAUCAUGAUGCUCUCGGAGGGACAGACAGCGGUUAGCACACUAUUUACCUUGCGCGAAGGUAUAUUAACCAUGUUCGUGGACAAGGAGACGUAUGAACGUGCAGGACUUGUUGGUAAACCAUAUGGUGCAAAGGGUGGGAGAGGGUCAAAACCACGUUGGGUGGUAACAUACAACCUUAGAGAUCCAUCCAUGCUUCGAGGACACAAAGGCUAUGACAGGCUGAUCUAUGCCUGCAAGUCUGUCUUCACUCAACCCAUGACAUGGCUCUUCUGCAAUAGCACAACCCAAACCCCGAAUCCUGAUCCCCUGCAAAAGUUCUCUCCCACAGCUUGUACAUCAACAUCCAACAUAUCGCAGGAUAUCGCUGUUCUUCAACCAAGUCUCGAUGUCGACCCAGAGGUUCUCUCUGAAAAUGAUCGCGAGUCUCUGGAAUACUUUGCCACAGAAGUUUACGAGUGGCUCUCACUCAUUCGCCUUGGUAGCUCGCGUGUGGAGCCUCGUGACAGCAUCGACCCCUAUCUUUCAAGGUAUUCUGUGCCAGGCGACGAUCCCAAGGAAUCCAAGGUCUGCAAGUUGAGUUGGGAGGGUUUCAUGUCAGCACAGUGGCUUCGUGGCUUGCUCAUGGAUGUGCUAGUUGCUUGUCCUUCGAGGGCAUGGGUUUCCCUUAGUGCUACGAGCUUCUCGAGAAGUGUAUCUGGCAACAGUGAUGACCUCACUAUCCUGAGACCACCCAGCGCGGCCGGGAGGUAUCUCAUGUGGGAGACAAAAUCGUCGGAUUGAACUCCUAAUCUUGCUUUGAUCGCACGUUUCGUUCAUCCCCGACACCACCCUCACCCAGAACAGCAUCCUCAACCAACUUCCGCAGCU